AUGGCAAAAACAAAACACUCACAGUUUAUGGAGUACGGGCGCUUCAGAGAGAGAAGGGAGCCAGAAUAUCCGUCCAUCUUCGAGAUCUUUCCCUGUCAGCCGACUCCAGGACCUGCCCCUCGAAUCAAGAAAGAAGAGAAUAAUAAGGACGACACUGGGAAGGACGGCCGUGCAGAGGGCCAUGCUGUUGGUCGCGUUAAGAAGAGGAAGGCAGCCGAAGAAAUACCACCGUCAGAUGAACGCGAGCGUAGACACACCGAGCAGCGUCGCCGUCGCCGCAAGAGACGUCAGAAUAAACUGGUCGCUGCGCCGCUGGAGGGCCCUGCUGGGGUCCACGUUAUUGGGCGCUUCAAAGUAAAUAAGGUCAUUGAAGAUAAUCCACCGCGUAAGGAUCAAGACAGCGACGUAACUUCAGAAAGGGAGAUUUGCCCCAAGGAAGGAGAUAUAAUACUGCUGGAUGCGCCGCAGGAGGGCCCCGCUGAGGUGGAUGCUGCCCAGGUGGACCAAGACGAGGAGAGAGUAGCUAAUUGUCUCGUGGAUGCUGCCCAGAUGGAACAAGCCCAUCACUAUUUACAUGAGAAGACAGUUGAGGGUCGCAUGGGUGCUGCCAAGGUGGCUGAAGUGUGUGGAGAGAUUGAGGAAGGGGCAGAUGAGAGUCUCGAGGAUGAUGCUGAGGUUGACAAAGCAUGUGGAAAUGAGGAGGAAGGUCCAGCUAAGAGUCUCAUGAAUGCUGCCGACAUGGAAGAAGCGAGUCAAGAUUUAGAAGAGAAGGCAGCUGAGAGUCUAAUGGAUGCUGUCAAGAUGGGCGAAACAUGUGGAGAGAUUGAUGAAGGGGCACAUGAUGGUGUUGUGGAUGCUGGUGAGAUUGACGCAGUAUGUGGAAAUGAGGUUCAAGGGACAGCUGAGUGUCUAGUGAAUGCUGCCAGGAUGGAUCAAGCCCAUCAAGAUUUACAGGAGAAGAUAGUUGAAAGUCGCAUGGGUGCUGCCAAGAUGGGCGAAACAUGUGGAGAGAUUGAGGAAGGGGCAGAUGAGAGUCCCGAGGAUAAUGCUGAGAUUGACAAAGGAUGUGGAAAUGAGGAGGAAGGAGCGGCUAAGGGUCUCGUGAAUGCUGCCGACAUGGAAGAAGCGAGUCAAGAUUUAGAAGAGAAGGCAGCUGAGAGUCUCAUGGAUGCUGUCAAGAUGGGCGAAACAUGUGGAGAGAUUGAUGAAGGGGCACAUGAUGGUGUUGUGGAUGCUGGUGAGAUUGACGCAGUAUGUGGAAAUGAGGUUCAAGGGACAGCUGAGUGUCUAGUGAAUGCUGCCAGGAUGGAUCAAGCCCAUCAAGAUUUACAGGAGAAGAUAGUUGAAAGUCGCAUGGGUGCUGCCAAGAUGGGCGAAACAUGUGGAGAGAUUGAGGAAGGGGCAGAUGAGAGUCCCGAGGAUAAUGCUGAGAUUGACAAAGGAUGUGGAAAUGAGGAGGAAGGAGCGGCUAAGGGUCUCGUGAAUGCUGCCGACAUGGAAGAAGCGAGUCAAGAUUUAGAAGAGAAGGCAGCUGAGAGUCUCAUGGAUGCUGUCAAGAUGGGCGAAACAUGUGGAGAGAUUGAUGAAGGGGCACAUGAUGGUGUUGUGGAUGCUGGUGAGAUUGACGCAGUAUGUGGAAAUGAGGUUCAAGGGACAGCUGAGUGUCUAGUGAAUGCUGCCAGGAUGGAUCAAGCCCAUCAAGAUUUACAGGAGAAGAUAGUUGAAAGUCGCAUGGGUGCUGCCAAGAUGGGCGAAACAUGUGGAGAGAUUGAGGAAGGGGCAGAUGAGAGUCCCGAGGAUAAUGCUGAGAUUGACAAAGGAUGUGGAAAUGAGGAGGAAGGAGCGGCUAAGGGUCUCGUGAAUGCUGCCGACAUGGAAGAAGCGAGUCAAGAUUUAGAAGAGAAGGCAGCUGAGAGUCUCAUGGAUGCUGUCAAGAUGGGCGAAACAUGUGGAGAGAUUGAUGAAGGGGCACAUGAUGGUGUUGUGGAUGCUGGUGAGAUAGACAAAGAAUGUGGAAAUCAGGAGGAAGGUGCGAUUAAGGUUCUCCUGAAUGCUGCCGAGAUGGAAGAAUCGAGUCAAGAUUUAGAAGAGGAGGCAGCUGAAAGUCUCAUGGAUGCUGCAAAGAUGGGCGAAACAUGUGAAGAUAUUGAUGAAGGGGCAGAUGAUGGUCUCGUGGAUGUUGCUGAGAUUGACGCAGUAUGUGGAGAUGAGGAUGAAGGGGCAGCUGAGUGUCUCAUGAUUACUGUCAGGAUGGAACAAGCCCAUCAAGAUUUACAGGAGAAGAUAGUUGAGAGUCGCAUGGGUGCUGCCAAGAUGGGCGAAACAUGUGGAGAGAUUGAGGAAGGGGCAGAUGAGAGUCUCCAGGAUGAUGCUGAGAUUGACAAUGUAUGUGGAAAUGAGGAGGAAAGUGCGGCUAAGGCUCUCGUGAAUGCCGCCGACAUGGAAAAAGCUCAUCAAGAUUUAGAGGAGGACGCAGCCGAGAGUCUGAUGGGUGCUCCCAAGAUGGAGGAAGUUCGUGUAGAUGUUGAGGAGGGAGCAGCUAAGAGUCUUUGUAGCCAACCCUCGGGUGCCGCUUGCACCCACUGA